AUGUUGACCCAUGUCUGGUGGGCCCUGCCAGCGGCCGGGCUCUCCAGCUCACAGAUCGCCGCCUUUGCCCGGGCCCGCUCACGAGCAUUCCAAUGCCUGCACCGGCUGAUGGUCCAGAAUGGGGCGUCUAGCCAGUGCUCCAACGGCCAGUGGCGCAUCGAGCAUUGCGGCCCCCGGGCCAUGGCGCCCAUUUCCCUGGGACACUUCAUUCUCUGUCUGUUUGGCUGGUGUGCGCGCGGUGGCCUGUCCGAGGCCGACCGGUUGCAGGCCCUGGCCCGGCGCGGCAUCCAUCCCUCCUAUGCCGAGCCUCUGGCACUGGUGCUGCGAUGCAUGCGCGACAUCGAGCGCCAGCGCAGCUACACCACGCCAGCUGAUGCGGAUCUCGAAGUGCCCUCGCCGCCGGGGCCGCCCCUCGCCGAGGAGGAUCUCCACCUGGGGCUCUUCCUGUUCGACUCGCUGCUGGUCUUCGCUCCGCCACAGCUGAGUGACUUUGCCCCGCCGCCGGAGAACGACUGCUUCAUUGCCAGCGCCUUUGAGCGCUUCUCCCGAAGCCUUACCUCGCCGAUCGAGGCGUCUGGCUCAUUCAACCAGAUCUUCUUCCGGGUGGGUGCCUUUCACAGGCGCCACAGCCGCCGCCCCAUGGCCCAGCAUGUUUUCUUUCCCACCAACCCGAACGCGCAGGGCACACUCAACCUCUUCACCGGGGCAUCCGACAACAAUCGCAUCGUCCAAUACAUCCGGAACUCGUCCAAUUGGAAGCGACUCUCCCAAAUCUUUGGCGAUCAGUUCAUGGUCUUCCUCUUCGCCACUCCCAUCAUUAUCUCGCCCAUGUGGGACCCCCAGGCCACCGGGGACCGGGGCUCCCGGGGUCGGUGCCCCUCGGCAGGGACCACCCCGACCCCGGCGCACCUUGCCACCCAUCCCCGACACUUGCUGCCCACCAUGGAGCCCGAGGCCCGGGCCGUGCACUAUGUCCAGCUGUCCGGCGUGGCCCUGAAAGAUGUGGUGUGUUGGACCUGCUUCCAGCACAAGGUCCCGCAUGGGCCCACCCGGCAGGUGCUCAUCGCCCCCUGUCGCCACCAUGUGGGAGCCAGUGUCGGGCGCCGAUUUAGCCAGGCUCCCCCGGGGCAGCGGCGCCCGCGCCCGGCCCCGGAAUCGGCCGCCUCCCCGGCCGAUGCGGAGCCAGCCGCGGCCAGCAGCGCGGGCCGUCGCAAACGCCGGCGGGCCUUCUCCCGGCAAAGCCUCCUUCCGGCCGGGCCCUCGGCGCCAAAGUCGAAGCCCCGCCUGUCGUACACCGUCAGCCCGUCCCCCUCGGGGGACACCCACUCGUUGGUCAUUGGCCCGUCCGAUUUGCUCUACAACCUGAAGACCUCGCUCCCGCGCCCGGGCCCGUCGGCCCCGGCCCUGACCGAUCGCGCGGCCUUCCACUUGACAUGCUACCAGGCGCGGCCGUUGCUGCUCUUCCCCCACUCCACGCCCCUGGAGCGGCACUUCCCCCGGACAUGGCGCGGGCCUGCCUCGCGGGCCCCGUCCCCGGAGGGCACCCUGCUGCCGAAGAAGUUCCAAUACUCCGGGGCUUUUCCCCUCUGCCACGAGCUGACUUGCCUGCAUGUGGACUUGCGCCUGCUGGCCCGAAGCAUCCUCCAGCCCGACUGGCAGGCGCCCCCAUGCGCAGGCCACUCGCGAACCGCCCUCAAUCAACUUCCCCCACACAUCACCGGCCCACAGGUGGAGGCCCUGGCGCUGGGGCUGCGGAAGUUCCGCGCCGCCUUUCGCCGGCUGGCCCUCCCGGCCAUGCGCGGGCCGCAUCGCUUCCGUCGGCCCCCCCUGGAAUGGAUCCGCGCACGCUAUUGCCCGCGAGAUAAGCGCAGCGCUGCUCUUUCUCCCCGGGCGAGGCUCCGCGGGACCGCCCGUGCGACAAACGUCUCGGCCAGCGAGCGCAAUGCCCAGCGGACCCUGGAGUCCUUUUCCCAGUUCAUCACCCCGACGACCAGUGUCAUUCGCUACAUCUUGACCAUCCUGUCCUUGACCCUGCCCCCGGAGCUGAUCGGCGUGCCGAGCUUGCCGAACCCGCCCACGCCCGAGCAGGCGGCCGACCCGCGCUUUCGCAAUUGGCUGUCCCUGCGAAUGUUGGUCAUCCGGCUGGUGCGCCUUCGCCGGUAUGAGCACCUCACGCAGGUGGACUUCCAGACGCUCUUCAAGGUCCGCCACUGUGUCUCGCCGCUGCCCGUGGAAGUGGCGGCCUGA